UUCUGCACCAAAAAAAAAAAAAAAAAAAAAAACUAAACAAAAAGAAACCCCAAAACCGUAAAACGAUAAUAACAAGUGUAUCUUUGAGAUACACCGCAGUGCAAAACACGCAGUUUCUUUAAACCGACGAUUUAGCUGCUUCAAUCUGAGAAUGAAGUGCCAACUGCUUUUCGUGGCCACCGUGUGCCUGGCCAGCGUUUGGGCGCUCCCCGUUCCGGACGAGGAGGUGGCCAUUCAGCCGGACAGCGGCUCCAAGGCCGAGCUGCUGACCAAGACCGUGCUGACCACCGUUGCGGAGCCCGCCUCCCUCAAGCCGGAGUUGGAGAAGGUGCCGGAGGUCAAGGCCGCCGCUGCCGCCGAGAUCACUCCCUCGCAAGCCACCGAACCGGCCAAGGAGAUCAUUGCCAGCGGCGUGGAGCUCAAGGCGAGUGCACCGGACGUAGAGACCGCCCCGGCCAUUCCGGAGAAGAAGACGCUGCCCGAGUUGGAGGUGCCCAAGCCGCAAGAGAUCGCCGUGGAGGCCGAGAAGAAGCAGGAGAAGACCGCCCGCACGGAGACGGAAGUGAAGCCCACUGAGACUCAGUCCCAGUCGCAGGCCACCAAGGCCAUUGAGCUGGCCCCCGAGGCACCGGCCGCCAAUGCCGAGGUCCAGAAGCAAGUGGUCGACGAGGUGAAGCCCCAGGAGCCCAAGAUCGAUGCCAAGUCCGCCGAGGAGCCAACCGUGGUGCCCGCUGAAAAGGAGACAGCCGCCGUGCCGGAGCAGCCUGCCCGUCAGGAGCGAAUCAACGAGAUCGAGCAGAAGGAGGCCAAGAAGGAGUCUAUUGCCACGGAAGAGCCAGCCAAGCCCAUCGAAGCCGCCGCCGCCGCCGCCGCCGCCGCCGCCGCCGCUGCUGCUGCCACCCCGGAGCCAGCCAAGUCGGAGACCAACAUUCAGGUGAUUGCCCCCGAGAAGAAGUCUAUUGAAUCGGUUCCAGCUGUCGCUGCUCCCGCUUCCGCUUCCGCUCCCGCUGCUUCUCCCGCCGCCCAGGCUGCCCAGGCCAAGUCGGGUGAGGCACCCAAGCCCGUGGAGCAGCAGAAGAACACCGAGAUUGUGGCCGAGAGCGCUCCCGUCCUGAAGACCAACGCCCCACUGGCACCGGCUGGCGCCACCAAGGUCACGGAGCCCCUGAAGGAGCAGCCCGCUGUGGAGACCAUUCCGGCCAAGUCCCUGCCCGAGGAGAAGAAGACGGUGGAGGAGGUGGUGGCGCCAAUUGCAGUACCAGAGCCAACUGCUGCCGUGCCCGAGGCCAAGAAGAUCGAUGAGGAACCCAUUGCCGAGCAGCCCAAUGCCCCAGCUGCAGCUGCAGCUCCAGCAGCAGCUCCGUUGGCUGAGCAGCCGAAAAAGUCAUCGGAGGAGAAGGGUGACAAGUCGGAGUCGAAGGCCGAUGACUCGUCGGAGUCCAAGGAGUCGGAGGAGAGCAGCGAAUCGAAGGAGAACUAGGGAUAGUCAGAGCUUUACACCCGACACCUUCAACCUUCCAACUUGCCCCAAAACCUACCUAUCACCAGCACCACUAGAACCCCUCUCCGACCAUCGCAAUCGCAAUCGCAAUCGCAGCAGCGUCUUAAUAUUACGAUCGUAGUUAGUGGUAUCCUUAGUUGUAAAUGGAGCAGAACGAAAUGACACAACACAGCACACAUAUAACCAUGAAUAUGGAACGCAUGAGAUCAAAAAGAAAAAAAAAAUAAAGAUGAUGCCCGGAACAAUAGAACCAAGUGGCGGAUCGAAAGGAACCCACGCGUAGGCAUAACAAUUCAACAUAACACACACAACAACACACACACACACACAACAAACAGGACAAACCGCUAAGAUGGCAUAAAGUAAUACUUAUAAUUAUAAUUUAAUUAAUGUAAUUUUAAUUAAAUCUUAGUCAUUGCAAGACAACACACCACAUCAUCACCCUACCACGAUCCUCAAUCCGACCCAAUGUGUCCAUCUUAAACAAUCCCCGAACAAAGCCAGCACUCGAGUAUCGCCUACGAUGCAUUAUAAAUGGAAAUCCUUUUUUUUUAUUUGAGUUCUAACAUAAUGAAACUACAUUUAAUAACGAUAGUGUUAUAACGUAUAUAUGAGAAGAAGUAUAUAUGAUUUUAUAUAGACUGAGAAAAUUCUUAAAUAAAAAUCGAAAAAACUAAAA